AACCGCUUCGCUGCAGCUAAGACUGUAUGGUUACAGCAAAUAUAUGAGUAUUCCGUGUUCAACAAAAUGUUUACCGAAAUACUUAUUUGAUUACAUGAAACUGUUCACUUCUGUGAACAGGCUCGGUGAAUUUGAGCCAACUCGCUAAACGAACCGAAUCAGACAGCUCACCGUUAUUGUGUUUUACUAGAGCGGAGGAUCGUGUGUAUCACAGAGAGGCUGGAUUCUCGUUCAUCUGUGUUUGUACAUGGUGAAUUUCAUUUGUUAGCUUCAGUCCUGCUCUGCCAAAUCUCACAUCAUGUCGGGUGCCUACGAUGAGUCCGCCAUGUUCGACGAGACCACAGACAGUUUUUGGGAGGUUGGGAACUACAAGCGUACAGUAAAGCGAAUCGAGGAUGGCCAUCGACUCUGCAAUGACAUGAUGAGUUGCAUCCAGGAGCGUGCCAAGAUCGAGAAGGCCUAUGCGCAGCAGCUCACCGACUGGUCCAAGAGGUGGAGGCAGCUGGUGGAGAGAGGGCCACAGUACGGGACUUUGGAGAGAGCCUGGGUUGCUCUGAUGACAGAAGCAGAAAAGGUGAGCGACUUGCACCAGGAGGUGAAAAAUAACCUGCUGAACGAGGACUUAGAGAAGGUGAAGAACUGGCAGAAAGAGGCCUACCACAAACAAAUGAUGGGCGGCUUCAAAAGUCAGAAGAGGGUAUAGGGUUUGCGGAGAGACCUUGGGCCUUGGGACCAAGGGGUGAGGAGAGGGAGCUUUGUAUAUCUUUCUAAAGAGUUGGAAACAGCAAAGAAAGCAUACCACAUGGCCUGCAAAGAAGAAAAAAUUGCAUCCACAAGGGAGGCCAAUAGCAAAGGAGAGGCGUCAGUCACAUCAGAUCAGCAAAAGAAACUCCAGGAGAAGUUGGACAAGUGCAAAAACGACGUUCAGAAGGCCAAAGAGAAAUACGAGAAGAGCCUUGAUGAGCUCAGCAAGUGCACGCCGCAGUACAUGGAGAACAUGGAGGUGGUGUUUGAGCAGUGCCAGCAGUUUGAGGAGAAGAGGCUGAGCUUCCUCCGGGAAGUGCUUCUGGAUCUCAAACGCCAUCUUAACCUCACCGAGAGUCAAAGCUAUGCCGCAGUCUACAGGGAGCUAGAGCGAAGCAUCGCCUCUGCCAGUGCUCAAGAAGACCUCAAGUGGUUCAGCAGCAUCCACGGGCCAGGCAUGCACAUGAACUGGCCACAGUUUGAGGAGUUCAACCCAGAGCUCAGCCACUCCAUUAAUAAGAAAGAGAAGGUGAAGAGGAACCAUGAUGGAGUCACGCUGACUCAAAUCACACAUGCUGUAGAUCAGGGCACACCGCAGACUGCAAACCGGGGCAGUGUGAGCAGUUCUGAGAAGAACCAGCAGUAUUCUUCCGAAUGGUCCGAUGACGAGCAGCCGCCUGCGGCUCAACCAGCCAGCGAAACAAACGGCGGUGAAAAUCCAUUCGAAGAGGAAAGUAAAGGAGUGCGAGUGAGAGCGCUGUAUGACUACGAGGGCCAAGAACAAGACGAGCUCACAUUUAAAGCAGGAGAAGAGCUGACCAAACUGGAGGAUGAGGACGAGCAGGGCUGGUGCAAAGGCCGGUUGGACAGCGGUCAGCUAGGCUUGUACCCAGCUAACUACGUCGAGCCCGUUUAGUGCGGUGAAGAAGGCCUUUAAAGACUUCACCCGCACUGCUCGAAUGCCAGAUUUCAGAGAAACUACAGUUUCCUUGCCUGAUUGACUUGCCGAGAAGCUUUACCGAGCAUUUUCUCAAUACCGUAACGAAUAAAACCUACAGUAUCCAAAACACAUAUCGUGCCCCAGCGAGAGCAGGGAAUGAUUCUGUGUGUCUAUGUAGCCAUGUUCAGUAUGAAUUAUUGUGCUGCUGACAUGUGUUCGUGUAUGGUCUCCUGUAACAAUAUUAAUGUGAUGACGUCCAUGAAGCCUAGCAUAGCGAGAAUCAGCUAUGCGAUGUGUAUACUAGACUUUUAUUUUGAAGUGGAGGUUCUGUGUUAAACCUUUCUCGUGUAUCAUUAUCAAUCUAUUUCGCUUACAUAAUUUGACAUAUUUAUGGAUAUUCAAUGAGAAAAAUGUAGAGCGGGACUUGCUUUUAUGCUAAUUGGAUUUGAAAAGAGGGCGUUACAUACUAGAAUGGAUCCAUGUGGUUGAGGGGAGGGGCUUGAAAAUGAAAGGGCUUGAUGACAUCAUUCAACAAGGAGAGUUGUUGUAGAGGCGGAGCAUUUUUAUUUUUUUAACGUAUUUUUCCCGAUGCACAAUAAGACCAGAAACGUGUGUAAAUAUGGUCAGUUUUGUUUUAAUACAUCAUUAUUUUUUCCCCAAGUGUAAAUAAUGCCUCAAAACACAUUAAAUUCACUUCUUCUUGUUUUUUCUUUUUUCUUCUGUUUUUUAAAACCUAUUUUAAGAAAACGUAAAUGCCUGUGAACAAAUUGUAAGCUUUCACUUUAAAGAGAGCAGAACUUUGGAGAAGUGUCUAGAAACUUUUUUUAAUAUCCUUAUCCUAAAGGACUGCUGGUGGACGUUUUUGGAUUUAAUGAUACAAGUUCAGACUUUUUGAGUCGGGAUAUUAGAUUUCAUGACCAUUCGCCUGUAGUUCACAGUGGUAUCUGGGCACAUGCUAUUGAAAAGUGUGUUCAAAUGCUUUUUCUUCUGCCUUUUGCCUGUUUAUGAGACUGGGAAUGUCUUUUAACAUUAAAUCCAUAACUGAUUCAGUGGGCAAACUCCUUACUGCAGUGCAACUAUGUUAAUAAUAAUCUAUGGUGAUUUCAGUUGUCAUGUUUUUAGCUUCGCUCAGACUCAGCUGUUAUGGAUUGUGGAUGGAGGAGGUGAUGUAUAUAUACUGUAUGUUUAGACUGGACUGAUGUGCUUUACUCUUCAUGUCAGUGUAGUAACUGUUCCAUUCAAGUUCACAAUAAAAAACCUCAUGAAUCUGA